AUGAAAUUAAAGAGCAGGAUUUGGUAUUUCCUUUGGUUUGGGGUUGUCGCCACGAUGCAUACCAGGAAUGGCGCCGAGUUUUCAUCUCAAGCCUUUGAUUACGUUAUUAUUGGUGGAGGUACUGCGGGCUUGGCGCUCGCAGCGAGGCUAUCCGAGAAUCCAAAGAUAUCUGUAGGCGUCAUUGAAGCAGGUCCAUACUUUGAGAAUGAUCCAUUGAUCGACACUCCUGCUCUGGCCGGUCGGCUUCAGGGAGACCCUACGUACGACUGGAUGUUCAGAACGGUUCCGCAAAUUCAUGUAAAUAACCGGUCCAUGCCUAUGGCAAGGGGAAAGGCACUAGGAGGUUCAAGUGCUAUAAAUUUAAUGGCCCUUGACCGUGCAUCAAAGAUCGAGUACGAUGCGUGGGAGGAAUUGGGAAACCCGAAAUGGAACUGGGACGGCUUACUCCCAUACAUGAAAGCCGCCGAACGCUUCGAAACCAUUGAUCCAUUCCGAGCAAACGCUACACACGCGGACCCGGAUGAUAUAUACCCUUCUCAAGGAACCAAAGGUCCAAUUUCUGCGAGUUUCAAUACUUGGUAUAGUGAUAUUGUACCUCCGUAUAGAGAGACGCUGGCCAAUUUGGGCAUCCCAAUUAAUUACGACCCGGACAGCUGUGACCCCUUUGGGCUAUACAACUCAGCUACCGCCGUGAACCGCACAACUGGCACACGAUCUUACUCGGCGAACACAUACUUUGCGUACAACUCGGCCAAGUCCAAUUUUGUGGUACUUACCGAGGCGCAAGUUACCAAGAUAAUGUUCGGUCAUUCAAAGCCCGGCAAGAAUGGGAAAGUGACCGCCACAGGGGUAUCGUUUGUACACAAUACCACGACACAUAGUGUAAAAGUGCUGAAGGAAGUUAUUCUAUCUGCAGGCACGUUCCAAACGCCCCAGCUCCUGGAACUUAGUGGGAUUGGAAACUCCGCCAUUCUACAACAGCAUGGGAUCACUCCUAUAGUUGACCUACCGGGCGUUGGAGAAAAUUUGCAGGAUCAUCUUCUCGUACCCAGUACCUAUGAGCUGAAACCAGGGCCAACAACGCUUGAUAUUUUGCGUAAUAGCCCUAGUUAUGCAGCAGAAGCCCAAGCCCAAUAUGCUUCCACCCACGAUGGAAUUUAUACUGCCACCACCUCCACCUUAUCUUUCAUUAACCUAGGGUAUAUUACCACACCAACAGAGCUAUCAGACAUGAUAGCGAAACUAGACCGCGAGAUUGCGGCUGAUCAAGUCACGAAGUUGCAGAAGGCUCAAUAUUCGAUUCAAAAAGAUUGGUUAAAAAAGAGAGUUGGUACUCUUGAGAUUGUGCUAACUCAGGCGUAUGGCGGGACUGGAACACCCAAAGUCAAUGCAUCCUAUAUUUCUAUACAGAUGGCAAUCCAACACCCAUUUUCUCGUGGGAGCGUGCACAUCAACAGCUCCAAUCCAUUGGUAGCCCCCGAAAUCAACCCAAAUUACUUUACAAAAUCAAUUGACGAAGAAACACUUGUAAAAGCUCUGAAAUUCGGGUUCAAAAUAUCUCAAACUGAGCCAUUGGCAUCCUAUAUUGUUGCGAGACAAGACCCUCCGCCUGAGACUUCUUCCGAUGAAGCAUACACCGAGUACGUGAAGGCCAACGUUAGGACAAUCUUUCAUCCAAUCGGUACCGCUGCUCUGGCACCAAGAGUAAUAGGUGGAGUUGUGGAUACGUCCCUCAAAGUCUACGGAACUACGAACCUCCGAGUAGUCGACGCAAGCGUUAUCCCAAUCCAUAUGGGCACUCACAUCUCGAGAACUGUGUAUGGAGUUGCGGAAAGGGCGGUGGACAUCAUUACUGGUGAAAUAAAUACAACCGAAUAA